AUGGAUUGUGAAAUCUUCGGGAAGCGCUGUGCAACUCCGAUUUAUCUCAGCUCGCUUGCCAAGGGAGGUUUGGUUUCCAAAAGCGGGGAGGCCACCUUCGUCCGAGCUGCAGCCAGGAGUUGCACGAGGUUCAUCGUGCCUUCCAUAUCGAGUGUCCCACUCAGCGAUGUUUGGGCCGCCUCAAGCAGCACUGACCUCGAGUUUCAGUUCUACCUCCUGGGUGAUGAAGACGCAAGCAUCAAGCGUCUCCACGAAGCGGUUGCGCUAGGUGCGUCUGCCAUCAUCGUCACAGUUGAUGCCAACGCCCCACGCAAGGGGGCUUUGUUCCGUGCAACAGCAGGGGCGACCGGUGUAUUUCCUAGCCCGCGACUUUCGUGGGACAGGUUGGCAGAGCUACGAGCGACGCUGCCCAGGGAGAUGCCCAUUUAUCUGAAAGGAGUUCAGACCGCCGAGGAUGCUCUAGCAGCUGUGGAAGUGGGAAUGACUGGGAUUAUCGUUUCGAAUCACGGUGGCAGAGUGUGCGGAGAUUCGAUUGCUGCACUGCACUGCCUGGAGGACGUGGCCUCGGCCCUUCGCGCUGCAGGUGCAAUCGGCGGAAGCAACAGAAGGAUAGAGCUUUAUUUCGACAGCGGGGUGCGGAGUGGCCGCGAUGUAUUGAAAGCAUUGUGUUUGGGAGCCACCGCCGUGGGAAUUGGUCGGCCUUACUACUGGGCGGCCGCAUGCCACGGGGAAGAUGGCAUUGUGGCUCUCCUUGAAAUGCUUACCUCCGAACUACAACAUUCAAUGGCCCAAGUGGGAGCGAGUACGCUGGACCUCCUGGCCCCUGACUGCCUGUGUCGUCUCGGGUCAAUGCCAUCUAGGCUAUAA